GUCUACAUUUCGUUCGAGGACGGAAGAAAUCACCACAGCAGCGUUGGGAGAGGACAGCGUCCUUUCUAUCGAUCCCGUACACCCGCGCCACCCACCGCUGCCGCAGCCGCGACUCCUUCUGCGCAUGCCCGCGCGGCCUUCAUCCGCGCGCGCUCGCUUCUCCCGCGUGCCAUCUCCCGCGCGCGCUCGCAGAGGUGAUGCCAGCGUUCGUCGCCAAAUUUUCGAGGGUGCGCCCCAGCCGCCUCCCGCCCUCCCGAGAUGAAUCGAUUAACGAAGACUGAUUCUCGCCGAGGUAGAGGUGUCCCUAGAACCCAUCCUGAAGGUGCUGCAACCGGUGGUCAAGCUGCUGCAACGCAUCGUCAAUCUGGAGCGAUUGGUGUUCCUCAAUAUGCUGCAACUUGUGCUCAACCCGUUGGUGGAUGGUGGCCAGCAUCUUCUCCUAGUGAAGGUUUAUACCCACCAGGAGGGUUCACAAAUUAUCUGCAAUCAAACCCAUUUCCUAACCAUUCUAAUGGAAAUGAAAAUUUUCACUUUGUUGGUGCUACAAUGAGUCAGUCUUCCAUGUCACCAAUUGACUUGAAUGCUACAAGAACUCCCUCUCCAGCACAACACUCUGAUUAUGUAGAUGAACAAGAAACUGAAACAAUUAACGUGGAUGAGGAGCUUAGAACUGACAAGCGUUUGAACUGGUCGGUUGGUGAAGAUAAACGAUUGGCUAGUGCUUGGUUGCAUAAUUCAAAGGACCCAGUCGAUGGAAUUGGCAGGAAGGCAGACAAGUAUUGGGCAGAUGUUACUGAAGAAUACAACAAGACAAUAGAAAGUAGCCGUAAGAGGAACCGGAACCAACUGAAAAUACGUUGGGAUCGUUGCAAGAAACCAUUAACUGAUUUUCAUGGAUGUUGGGUAAAUACAGGUAGAGUGUGGUAGAGUGGGAUGAGUGAUGAUCAAUUGACUGACAAAGCAUUAGAGGUUUAUGCUAGUCAAAAUAGUGGUAAGGCCUUUCAUCUACUGCAUAUGUGGAAGGUAGUACGUGGUGAGCAGAAGUGGUCGGCAUAUCUGAAUAGGUUGAAGAAGGAAAAGGAAAAGAGUGCAAAUUGUAACCCAGCUCAACUAGUCAAUUUGGAAUUAGAUGGAGAAAAACGACCUAUGGGACACAAGAAAGCAAAAAUUGAACGCAAUAGCUAAAAGAAGCCAGCUGAUGCUUUAUCUGAUUUUAGUGGAAAGCUUGAGAAGUUCAUUGAAGCAACCAGCAAGAAUAGGGAAGACAGAGAGAAGAUGACUGAAAUUCAGCAAAGCUUAGCUGAUAAGAAGAUACAAGCAGCAAAGUUAGCUCAUGAAGCAGCUCAGGAACAAACUAAGUGUAAAACGUUAGAAACUUACACACAACUGCUACUUGCUCCUACUGAUCAGCUUAGUGCAGAUGCUUUGGAUGAGAGAAAGAUGGCUCUGGAGAACAUGAUAAUUGUUUUAUUUCCUAAGUAGCAGGUGUGACCAUGCAAACAAAUUAUUACUCAAUUUUCAGUUUCCAAUAUCAGGUGUGUACCUCUUUCCACUAUUUUUUUUGUGAAACUGAAAUGCACACCCACUUAAAUAUGUACUCUGCCCACUAGUUUUUGCAUGCAAGUGUGAAUUGUUUCCACUACACAGUGUGGAUGCCUGCCAAUAAUUCUUGUGAUGUGAACUAUUUGCACUAACUUUAUGGCAUGCAAGUGUGACCUCUUUGCAUUCUCUGCCAUUUCUGCUACUGCUGCUAUAUAUACAUAAUCACAACCACGUCUUCUUUGCUACCCUCUCUUCUCAGCUGCCCUCUCUUCUCUCUUGCACACUCUUCUUUGUUGUCCUAUUUCUGUUGCCCAUGGAUGGAGAUAACCACAUCGACCCUGCUGAUCUGUACUCCAUGGAUGACUACCUUCAGGAGCAAGAAAUUAUAGACCCUGAUGACUAUUUUUAAAACUUUUGUCAAAGUUCUAUGUGGAGUGUGUUUUUAAACACCAUUGGGAUGCUUCUGGUGGUAUAUUGCUCAUCAUUUGUAUUUUUUGAUGCUUCUUGUGAUAUAUUGUUGUACUGUUUAAU